AUGGACGAAUUCGCUCAAACACGAGCUCCGGAUGAUUUGUUUUUCGACGACGAUUAUACUCCUCUUCCAGCUCCCACCCCACAGAUCUACGAAACCGAGCAAACCCCACCCUUGGAACUACAAAACAACCGUUCAGCCUCUCCAAGCAAAGAAUCAGAGGUUCAACCUCCCGACCAGCCACCUGCCCCAGUUUUAACCAACUCCCCAACCCCAACAUCCCCACCCACCGCACGAUCCACCAAUGUCAUCGCCCAAUCACCAACAGCGCCCCGUAUCGCCCCAGUCCGUGGCGACCGCCAUCUAACCGGCGGCCUCGUCAAGCCCAAACUCACAGAAGAAGAACUAUCUAGCAAGCUCGCGGCCGCCAAACUCAACAGCGCCAAGCGCGCAGAAGCCCAUCGUUUAGCCGAGGCAGACGAAGCGGACUUUCAUGCUCGAGAAGCCAAGGUGCAGGUUCGACGGCAAGAAGAGGGGAAGGCCAGACGGGUGAUGGAUAUGGAGAGGGAGCGGAAUAGGAUCAGGAAGUUAGGAGCUCAGGGGGAAGAGAAUGGGAUGAAGGGAAGGAGGAGGUGA